CACUGCCGUAAAACGGCCAGUGACUGUCGCAAAUCACACAUAAGGCAAAUAGAGACGUGCUACCUGUUAGCUAGCAGGCUCGAUAAUGGAGUAAAAGCGAUUAAUAUGUCGUUAUUAUAGCUGAAGGAGACCUUAAGGUGAAUAGAAAGCUGCCGGUGUUCAGUGUUGUGAUGACUAGAAGAUGGACUUCAACAGGACUGUUCUGGUGACUGGAGGCUCUGGAUUCAUUGGCUCCCAUCUUGUAUGUUCGCUGGUGGACAGGCACCCUGACUGGAGAAUUAUCAACCUAGAUAAUUUGGAUUACUGCUGCAGCCCCAGGAGUCUGGAGAGUGUUGAAGACAGAGCGAACUACACCUUUAUCAGGGGAGAUGUGUGUAACUCCCGGCUGGUUAAUCACAUUUUCAACACAGAAAACAUCGAUGUGAUCUUUCACCUGGCAGCCAAAACACACGUCGAGAGGUCGUUUGAAACUCCGUCUAGUUUCCAGCGUGUUAACAUUGAUGGGACCAGAGUUUUACUGGGAGCCGCCCAUCAGGCCCGACACCAGCCACAGCGCUUUAUCUACGUCAGCACUGAUGAAGUCUACGGAGCCAGUCUGGACCAGGUGUUUGAUGAGAGCAGUCCAGUGAGGCCCUCUAACCCAUAUUCUGCCACUAAAGCAGCUGCUGAGUACCUGGUCCAAUCCUACUGGGACAAAUAUAAGUUUCCUAUCAUCAUUACCAGGAGCAACAACAUCUACGGGCCCAGGCAGUACACUGAGAAGGUCAUUCCGAGGUUUCUCACCCUCUUGCAAAGGAACAAGAAAUGCACCAUCCAGGGAACCCUGCCUAAAUCCCGCCAUUUCCUGUUUGUUGAUGAUGCUAUCAACGCCUUUCUGUUGGUUCUGGAGAAAGGGAUUGUGGGAGAAAUCUACAAUAUGGGAACAAGCUGUGAGAUUCCUAUCAUGCAACUGGCCAGGGAACUUGUUACGAUGGUCAAGAAGGUGCCAGACUCUGAGGUACAAGAUUGGCUCGAGUUUGUGCCUGACAGGACAGUGAGCAAAGUGACCUUUGACCUCUGCUCUAUAGGCCGCAUGUCGACCUGCGCUACCCCAUCACAUGUGAGAAGCUGCAGCAGCUAGGCUGGAGAGCAGAGGUGUCCUGGGCUGAAGGCAUCAGACAGACGGUCAAAUGGUACCAAGUCCACCCAGACUUCUGGUCAGACGCAAGCGAGGACCAAGAACAAAUCCAAAGCCAGCUUGAAAAGGCAGAGUGAAAAGAGACACAAAGCAGUGACUUAUUUUCUACAUAUGAUUUCACGACACAGCCGAUUUACCUCUCAACUUACAGAUACUGAAGAUGAUGUAAACCAGUCUCCAUAGUUUACCUGAAGUGCUAGACAAUAGGAAGGCAGAGCCUCCCUUCAACCAAAGCAAAGUUACACCUGGAAAUGAGUGCACUUUAUUUUGAUAUUAAUUACAGAUUCAGCUUAUGUUGACAAGCAUCACACAGACCCGCAUUUUUGAAUGACUGGAGAAUUUGCACAUUCAUGUACAUCCACAGGGUAUGGUUCAAAUUAAGCAGGUUUUUGCAGGUAAAUCCAACAACCAAAUAUUCUAGUGUUGAUCGGCUCAAAACAGAUAAGACAUAAGUAUUGCAUUUACGUGCACUCAAGUAACAGUUACUGUAAAUCAGUUGCUUACUGCAUGUAAACACACUAGCUCCUGCUAACAUUCAGCAAGGUUGGGUAGCAAGUUUUAGCAACUAUGUGCAACUUUACAUUCCAAAUGUAUGUUUAGUCUUUUACAGCACAAGCGUUAUUUUAUCAAUUAAAGAUACUUUGGUUUUGUUAUAGCAGUAGCCUUAUAAUGAAAGGAUGAGAAGGGAACUCAAAGUCAAUUCAUCUGUCAUUUGUUUUAUACACGUUGUAGAGAUGUUUUUCACGUUGUCCGGUAAUUUAACUGCUAAUAAACUUGAUUAUUUAAUAACUUCAAGGUGUUUGACAUGCGUUUCUCAAAUAUUUAAAAUCUAAAAACACACAUUAGAAGAAGAAAUGGAUCAAAACACUUUACAUUUGCAAAUCAAAACCUUUAUUCGUGGUAAAAUCAGAAUAGAUGCACUGGUUGUUUUGUUUUCUUCGUGCAGUGCUCCUCUUCGUGCACAACUGCUAAACUAAUACAUAAAGCAAAUACUAACUACCAGGCUGGAGGUGCAGUGUGUUCACAUUGAGGGGUCUGGCCAGUAAGCAAUGGCGACAACACUGGGCUUUAUCAUAUUUCAAUUCAGUCACUAAACAGCAAUCAUUCCUGAAUAUGACAACACUUUUUUUGUAAUAAGCCUCUAAGCUUAUAAAAUUGAAAGUAAAAUAAAGCUGCAGUGUUGCAUUUUAUUUGGUGUCCCCAUUUUGUUUCCAUGAAUGAAGUUCAUGAAGUGAAGUGUGAUCAUUCACCUACAUGUACUAAUACUACCAUAUCUUUGAAAUGUCACCGAUAGUGGCUUUGCUGGGGCCGCAUUGCAUUCUGGUCCAAUUUGUUUCUGUAUAACUGCAGAAUGUCUGCAGCUAAAAGAUGGUAGAAGACUCAUAUGGAUCAGCUGCAAGUUAAGCAAAA